CAUCCAAAAAUAGUUGUGUUUAUUUGACAGGACAGCACGUGGGUAAUGACCUCGUGGCGUUGUUUGGUCGCCAUUUUCUCUGAAUCAGCAAGCAGGCUUUCAAGUUUCACCGAUAAUGAGCGACGAAGACAGAGAUGUUGAUAUCGAGAGUGAUGAAGACGACGAAGAUGGGUUUGCGAGCAUGGGAACCCAGAGCUCCACGAGUUAUAUGACACCGGCUGAACGAAGAGCCCACCAUAAUGCCCUGGAACGAAAGCGAAGGGACCACAUAAAAGAAAGCUUUACUAGUUUACGAGACUCUGUACCGCAACUCCAUGGAGAAAAGGUUAAGGUUCAGGUGAGAACACAUGAUUUCUUGAAUGAGGGUCGUAAAGGCCCACUUCCAAAAAGGACCAGUACCGGAAAGGACCAGAACCAAAAUGGCUCAGUUUCUCGAGCACAGAUUCUUAAAAAAGCAGCAGAUUACAUAACAUACAUGAGAAGAAAAAAUCACAGCCAUCAACAAGAUAUUGAUGAGCUUAAAAGACAUAACACAGUUCUAGAACAACAAAUUAAAUCACUUGAGAAAGCCAAGAGCACAGGACAGUUUGCAGUGUCAGGCUCUGUGAAUUCUCGAGGUGCUGGGCUGGGAUUUGAUGUCUCUGGAUCAGAUUCUGAGGAAACAAAUGGACAAGUGCCUGUUGCAAAAAAAAUUAAACUGUCUGUGGACUGAUAUCGUGUGCAUAAUAAUGAACAGGAGAUUUUACCUUCAUUGGCCAGGUGGUUGGUGUACCAGGAAGUUUUAAUGAUCGGCAAUGGUGCAGGAAGUCACCGUGUGAUAUAUUUUGUAGUUUGUUUUCUGUUUAUUUGCAAAAUUAUGAUAUUAAAUUGAAUAGAAAUAAUUUCAGUAUAUUUCAGGGCAGUUGUAAUGAAAAGAAUAAUCAGUUUAUGAGAUAUGAGAAUCGUAAUACUAGAUUUAAUUUCUAAAUUUUCUUUGGUAAUAAAUAAUGAUUGUUUGAAAAAAGAUUACCUCUGAAUGGAUGAUAUCUUCAUUGAAGCGAAAUAAUUUUGUGCCAUUUCUGCAGUUUGUACUGCCUGUUUGUCUAGAUCGAGAUAAUCCAGAGCAUGUGUAUAUAUGUCGUUGGAUAUUUUUCUGUUUACUUUUGUGAGUCAACUCUGUUGACCUGGGUUGACCUGGUGCAACUAAGGAUUAGGAAGCAAGGGGAAUGCAUAACUAUCCAGAUACUGGGCUGGCCUGAUCUGUAGACACAAUACCUAGCCUCGUGUACUUUCAUUCUUCUCUGGCAUUUAUGGUGAAAUUUUACCUUGAACUAUGUAUAUGUAUUCUGCAUAGAAUAUGUGUGUUUUAACUUUGAACAGAUAUUAUUAAAAAAAGGCUUUGAACAAUUAAAAGUUCUGUGAUAAAAGUUUUAAAUCAUCGUAGUCUUGCCACAGUAUGUACACUAAAGAAUAAUGGAUAGGUCAAGAUCAUUCAUUUUGUUAUGAAGCUUGGAAUAACACCUAAUUCAUUCUAUAUACUGAGUAGGUUAUUUUCUGAACAAUUUCUUUCAUAUCUUUGAACUUGUAUGAGUUUUUGUGCAAUUGGAAAAUAACAGAAGAUUGAAACUAUAUGGGGCUGGUAGUCUUCAUUUGUUUACUUUCAUUCAUCAUUUCCAUUUUAUAUUGAUUAUUGACUAUGUUUUUCUAGUUGUUUAUGUUAUAUAAUAAUUGUAUGUUUUAAUUAAAUUGUGAAGAAUCACAAUGAU